AUCCCUCCGCACAUUUCCCAAAUAACAUACACAUACAUCUUCCUCUCUCUCUCUCUUGUUUUCCUUUUUCAAAGGAAAUAAGAGAGAACAUCUAUCUUAUAUUAUUACCACUACUACUACUUAAUUAUUUGUCUUAUUAGCAACAAUAAUGUGUGGGAUACUUGCUUGCCUUUGGUGCUCUGAUGACUCCUCUGCCAAAAGGAGUCGCAUAAUCCACCUUGCUCAAAGGUUGAAGCACCGUGGUCCAGAUUGGAUUGGGAUAUUCCAACACAAGGGUAAUUAUUUGGCUCAUCAAAGAUUAGCAAUUGUGGAUCUAACCUCUGGGGAUCAGCCUCUCUUUAAUGAAGACAAAACUAUUGCUGUUGUGGCAAAUGGAGAAAUAUACAAUCAUGAAGAGCUAAGGAAGAAGUUGCCAAAUCACACCUUCAGCACCAACAGUGAUUGUGAAGUCAUUGCACACCUGUACGAGGAGUAUGGGGAGAACUUUGUGGACAUGUUGGAUGGCAUAUUUUCUUUUGUGCUGUACGACACUCGUGAUAACCACUUCUUAGUGGCGCGUGAUGCAAUUGGGAUCACUUCCCUUUACAUUGGCUGGGGAGAAGACGCCUCAGUGUGGGUUUCAUCUGAGUACAAAACGAUGCAUGAAGAUUGCGAACAUUUUGAAAGGUUUCAACCUGGUACUUUGUACUCAAGCAGAGAGAGAGGAUUUAGGAGAUGGUACAAUCCUGUUUGGUUCUCUGAGAUUAUUCCAACAACACCUUAUGACCCCAUGGUUUUGAGAAAUGCUUUGGAGAAGGCAGUUGUAAAGAGGUUAAUGACGGAUGUGCCCUUUGGUGUGUUACUCUCCGGAGGCUUAGACUCAUCGUUGGUUGCUUCCAUCACUUCUCGCUACUUGGCUGAAACUAAAGCUGGCAAGCAAUUGGGAACUACCAUUCAUUCCUUUUGCAUUGGCCUUGAGGGCUCACCUGAUUUGAAGGCUGGAAGACAAGUUGCUGAUUACUUAGGAACAGUUCAUCAUGAAUUUCACUUCACUCCUCAAGAUGGAAUCGAUGCUAUUGAAGAUGUGAUCUACCACAUUGAAUCAUAUGAAUUAACAACAGUUAGAUCAAGCAUACCAACAUAUCUCAUAUCUCGUAAGAUUAAAUCACAUGGAAUCAAGAUGGUUCUCUCUGGAGAAGGCUCUGAUGAGAUCUUUGGAGGUUACUUGUACUUCCAUAAGGCACCAAACAAGGAAGAACUCCACCAAGAAAGUUGUCGCAAGAUUAAAGCGCUACACCAAUAUGAUUGUCUAAGAGCAAACAAAGCAACAUCAGCUUGGGGACUUGAAGCUAGAUUCCCAUACUUGGAUAAGGAGUUUGUUAGUGUGGUCAUGGGUAUUGAUCCUGAUAACAAGAUGUCUGGACAAAAAAGACGAAUUGAGAAAUGGAUUCUUAGGAACGCCUUUGAUGACAAAGAACGUCCCUAUCUUCCACAGCAUAUACUGUGGAGGCAAAAGGAGCAAAUGAGUGAUGGAGUUGGGUAUAAUUGGAUUGAUGCACUCAAGGCACAUGCUGCUAGUCAUGUUACCGACACUAUGAUGCUUAAUGCUGCAAGAACCUACCCACUUCACACUCCUCCAACAAAAGAAGCUUAUUUAUACAGGAUGAUUUUUGAGAAGAUCUUUCCUAAGCAACCGGCUAGAUUGACAAUUCCAUGGGAACCAACAGUUGCAUGUUGCACACCAAAGGCACUAAGUUGGUUCCCUGAAUGGUCAAACAACAUGGACCCUUCAGGAAGGGCAGCAUGGGGAAUUCACAAUUCUGCUAACACCAAAUUGGUUACUUCUGACAUUGUGGAACCAAACAAGGUUGAAGCUCAGAACGGUGCUGCCACCACCACCACCACCAAUGGUGCCACUAAUGGCCAUUAAUUCAAUCUUCUAUCUUCUAUCUAUGCCUAAUUGGAAUAAAGGAUUCACGAGAGUGUGAUGCUGAUGGUGUUCUUAUGUUACUCAUUUGUUUUGUUUUUUUAAUUAAAUGAAGAAAAUAAUUAGUCUGGGAAUCUGAG